AUGACCACAGCCACGUCGGGGCCCUGGGUGCUCCUGCUCCUGGUGCUGGGCCUACGGCUACAGCUCUCCCUUGGUGUCAUCCCAGUUGAGGAGCAGAAUGCAGAGUUCUGGAACAAGCAGGCGGCCUCCGCCCUGGACAGUGCUAAGAAGAUGCAGCCCAUCAACACGGUGGCCAAGAAUCUCAUUCUCUUCCUGGGUGAUGGGAUGGGGGUACCCACUGUGACAGCCACUCGGAUCCUAAAAGGACAGAUGAAUGGCAAGCUGGGACCAGAGACACCACUGGCCAUGGACCAGUUCCCAUACCUGGCUCUAUCCAAGACCUACAACGUGGACAGGCAAGUGCCGGACAGUGCAGGCACCGCCACGGCCUACCUAUGUGGGGUCAAAGGCAACUACCAGACCAUCGGCCUGAACGCCGCUGCCCGGGUAAACAAUUGCACCAGCACCCGGGGCAACGAGGUCAUCUCCGUGCUGAGGCGGGCCAAGAAAGCAGGGAAAUCCGUGGGGAUCGUGACCACCACGCGAGUACAGCACGCAUCACCAGCUGGCACCUAUGCGCACACGGCCAACCGAAACUGGUACUCGGAUGCCGACAUGCCCGCCCAGGCGCUGCAGGAGGGGUGCCAGGACAUCGCGGUGCAGCUCAUCUCCAACACAGACAUCGACGUGAUCCUGGGCGGAGGCCGCAAAUACAUGUUUCCUGUGGGGACCCCAGACCCUGAGUUCAUCAAUCAGAAUGGGUCCCGUCAGGAUGGCAGGAACCUAGUUCAAGAGUGGCUGGACAAGCGUGAGGGCACCCAGUAUGUGUGGAACCGCACUGCUCUCAUCCAGGCUUCCCGGGACACCUCCGUGAAGCGUCUGAUGGGCCUCUUCGAGCCAGGAGACCUGAAAUAUGAGGUCAAUCGAGACCCCAACCUGGACCCAUCUCUGUUGGAGAUGACUGAAGCGGCCCUGCGCGUGCUGUCCAGGAACCCCCGCGGCUUUUACCUCUUUGUGGAGGGGGGCCGCAUAGACCAUGGCCAUCAUGACGGUAAUGCUUACAAGGCCCUGACUGAAGCAGUCAUGUUCGACUCCACCAUCGAGAGGGCGGGCCAGCUGACCAGUGAGAAGGACACGCUGACUCUGGUCACCGCUGACCACUCCCACGUCUUUGCCUUUGGAGGCUACACACUAAGAGGAACCUCCAUCUUCGGGCUGGCGAGCAGCCAGGCCUCAGAUGGCAAGAACUACACGUCCAUCCUCUAUGGCAACGGCCCAGGCUACCCACUGGGCAAUGCCCGGCCUGAUGUGAACGAAACUGAGAUCAUGCGCCCCACCUACAGGCAGCAGGCGGCCGUGCCCCUGAGCUCUGAGACACACGGCGGCGAGGACGUGGCCUUGUUCGCGCGCGGCCCGCAGGCGCACCUGGUGCACGGCGUGCAGGAGCAGACGUACGUGGCGCACGUCAUGGCCUUCGCCGCCUGCCUGGAGCCCUACACCGACUGCGGCCUGGCCUCUCUGGGCGACACCGCCUCCACGCCCAGCCCCUCGCACUCGCUGCUGGCGGCGCUGCUGCUGCUGCCCCUGGCACGCAUGGCGUCCUAA